AGCGUUUGCCUUAUGCCUUAUGCAUUGCCUGUUACAACGAAAUCAUGACAUGUAUUGCGUUCCAAGCUGUAGGGUGAACUAGUCUGCUCUUCAAUAAAGGGGCUCGACACUCACUGAAUGUGUCGGGCCCCUGGACAUCUUAACGCUUCAGCAACUUUGCAACAUUUUUAGCUCUGUCUUCUGCCUCACACAUUGGCAGGAGCAGCUAAGCUAGGCAGGCAGCAGCUCGCGUAGCGUAUGCAUGUCUACGCGUAAGACCUUGGCCCCUCAGAACCGGCCCCAGACCACCGAGGAGGACCAGCUGCGGCGGCAGAUAGCCAUCGUGCAGUCAUUCAGGAGCUUACUGCAGAACGAGUCGUCUGUGGCAGCGCAAACAGUCGCGGCGUUUAGCGAGCUGCUUGACGACUGCAUACUCGACGUGGCGCAAGAGGUCCAUCGUGAGGCGCGCACCGGGGCGCUGCCGACGACACAGGACGGUCCAUCGGGCCAUCCCUCCCCGCAAGCACCCAGCAGUCCACACCCGCCACCGCUCCCACCCAAGCCCGGCGCUAAAGGGCCUGUGGAUGUGUUUGGGCAGAGCCACCCUGCUAAGGCGACUGACAUUGUCACUUGCCGGAACUGUGGGCGGCAAGUGCAGGCGGGCAGCUUUGCACCACACCUGGAAAAGUGCAUGGGCAAGGGGCGCGCGGCGGCUAGGGUAGCUAGCAGACGCCUGCAGGGGCAGUCUUGAAGGUGUUUCGGGUGCUGGGAUGAGAGAGCGUUGAGGGCAGGAGGCGGGGCGCGCGGGAACAGGGUGGUGGUGUUCCACUAAAGGCAGAACACUCAGCGGUGGCGGGUGCUUCGUAGGGAAUCCCUGACAGCGAAUGCGUGCGAGGGGGGUAGAGCGUAGAUGACGUAGGUGCCCAGAGUAGGAUAAGAAACGAGGAAGGUGUUUGUUGCCAUGGUGCGUGUUGCUGUGCGAGGGUUGUAGGCUAUUGCCGUUCCCCUAGGGGGCGAAGUCAGGCAGAUACGGUAACAGUUACUGCAGGCGUCGAGCUUGUUGUAUGCAUUGCUGACUCAGAUCCAGGUCAUAGGGUAGAAGGAGGAUGCUUGGCAAGGGAGGCAGCCAGCUGGACAGUGGUUAGCCUAGAUAUAGCUGUCGGUAAUCCAUAGGGGAUAUGUACUGGGUCCGUUGCCUCCUUUCUGUUUCGGUACUAGUAUGCGAGCUCCUGGCAGAGCUGUCGUCUUGGUGCCGUACAUACUGUAAUCUGUGUAGUUGCCUUCAUCGGUUCAUCCCCUCCCAUCGCUUUGUAUCUUCACGAAAUCGCGGGAGAGGCGAUAAGAGUCUGCGCUGCCUUUGGUUGUGGCAGCAGGGCGGCGAGCAGGAAGCACGCUGUCUUCGUUACGCACGUCCACAACAACGCCAAGCAAAAGCAAGCACGUGAGCCUUGAACGCUGCAGCCAUGGAGCCUAUACCGGAGCCUAUUUCGGAAACCGCUUGCAUACAAUCGGAAGAGUUGGUGUCGGCUGAGCAGAAGCAGGGUAUACUGCUAUACUACAAGUAUGUCGAUCUAAAGGGAACCGACGCUGAUGAUGUCGCGUGCUUCUACAAGGAUAUGUGUGGCCGGCUGGACCAGCGCGGACGCAUCCGCGUUGCUCGGGACGGUAUCAACGUCACGGUUGGCGGAACCCUGGCGUCUCUGCGAGCCCACACAACCGCUGUGACAGACCACCCAAUCCUACGCGGCGGCGAUAUUGAUUUCAAGCUGGCCACCUCGCCCGGUCCGCGCAAUGCAGCCACCAGACACGAGACCGGCAUGGAGAAGCUUGCGGUGCGGAUGUGCGAGGAGCUUGUCACUCUGGGUCCGCUCGCCCGCAACCGCGCUGACCCUCGCGCCAGCACCGCCCCUCACCUCACACCCGAGCAGUUUCAUGACAUGAUCGCCCGGGCUGAGGCGGAGGCGCAGCUGGGGGCUGCCCCGACCGCCCCGGCAGCUGCUGGCGUUGCAGAAGCCGCAAGCGACAGCAUGGGGGCAGGAGGCGUGGGAGACGAGGGGACGGGAGUGGGAAUGGGAGCGGAUGACAGCCCCAUGGGUCCGGUGGUGCUGCUGGACACACGCAACGUGUACGAGACGCGGAUCGGGCACUUUGAGGCGUCCGCCCCUGCCGCCAUCCCCACCCUCGACCCGCGCACUCGCUGCUUCUCCGAGUUCCCUGCUUGGGUGGACGCGCACGAGGCCGAGCUCCGCGGCCGCACCGUGCUCAUGUACUGCACGGGCGGCGUGCGCUGCGAGCGCGCCUCCGCCUACCUGCGGGAGAAGGGGCCGGGCUUCAACCGGGUGUACCAGCUGAGCGGCGGCAUCCAGCGCUACCUCGAGCGUUUCCCGGACGGCGGCUUCUUCCGCGGGAAGAAUUUCCUGUACGAUGAUCGUAUCGCAGUGGGCCCCGAAACCGUGGUGGGGCGCUGCCUGCUGUGCGACCGCAGCUGGGAUGACUACGGCAAGCGGCAGCGCUGCAGUCGCUGCCGGCUGCUGCUGCUGGUGUGCGACGAGUGCUGCCGGGAGCACGGGCUGACAGCAGGGGCGGCAGGGGCGGGGCCGGACGCGGAGACGGAGGGAGGCCCAUGCAAUGAGGUAAUGGCUGCUCCUGCUGCUGGUGCUGCUGCUGGUGCUGCGGGGCCGCUGCUGUGUGAGCUGUGCCGCGGCGUUGACGGCACUGAUGAGGGUAACAGUGGUCCACAGCAGCAGCAGCAGGAGGAGGAAGCGGGUGGUACCUCUUCUGCUACCGCCACAGGCGCUGGCACUGCUGCUGGCACUGCUGCUGCUGCUGCUGCUGCAGGCUCCGUUGUGGGCGACAGCAGCAGCAGCGGCAGUAGCGAGGCGCCUGAGGGGCCACUGCCUGCUGCCACCUCGGGCGGUGCAGCGGCUGCUGCUGCUGCUGCUGCCGGUGGUGUCCCCCGGCGGCGGCUGCGCAUCCUGUGUCUGCACGGUUUCAGGCAGACCGGCAAGCAGUUCCAGGGCCGCACGUGCGCCCUUCGGAAGAAGCUCCGAGACCUAGCAGAGUUUGUGUUUGUGGACGCGCCGCACUCGCUGCCGCUGUUUGUCAAGGCAGCGGCUGCCGCGCCACCGACACCGCCAGCAGCAACCGCAACCACAACAACCGCAAUUGAGGUAGCACCAAACGGUGCUGCGGACAGCAAUGUGGCAGACGGCAACGUCCUUGCCGCCGUUCCCGACUGUCUUGACGAUGUGUUUAACGUUGGAUGCGGCGCCGAGGAUUACUGCGGUGACGAGGGCGAGGGCGGCAAAGUGGAGGCGGAGGCGGCUGCACCAACGGCGGCAGCAGCUUCGAAGCCGGCGGCCGCCAAGCGUGCCUGGUUGCUGCCGCUAGAGCUGUACGGCAACAGCACCGGUGCGGAGGGUGCUGCUUUGCCUCCUUCUUCUCCUUCUUCUUCUUCUCCUUCUUCUACGGCAGCGGAAGUAGAGGUGCAGGCGGCUCCGUCGUACGUGGACGAGCUGCAGUACACUCGGCAGACGGAGGGCUGGCGGGAGUCCUUGGCUGCCGUACAGCGUGCAGUACUGGAGCUGGGACCGUUCGACGGCGUGUUUGGCUUCUCGCAGGGUGCGGCGGUGGCUGCAGUCCUAUGCGCCCUCCAGCAGAAACAGAAGCAGCAACAGCAGCAACACGCCGCCGCUGCUGCCGCUGCCGCCGGCACUGCCUCCGCCGCCACCGAUGGCAACAAGCUCGGCGACUGCGACUUUGGUUUCCGCUUUGCCAUUCUGGCCUCGGGGUUUCCCUCCCCCUGCGCCGAGCAUCAGGCCCUGUUCGACUCCGUGGGUCCUCUGGAUCUGCCGUCCUUGCAUGUGUACGGCAGCGCUGCCGCUGCUGCUGCUACUGCCGCCACGUCGUCUGCUACUGCUGCUGCUGACGCUAACGCUGGCGCUAGUGAAGGCUGCCCUACGACCAGCGCCCCGGAGGCUACUGUUUCCGGGGACCGUCAGAUUCCCCCGUCGGACAGCGAACGCUUGAUGGCUGUGUUCUCACUUGGCAGCAGCAACAGCAGCAGUGGUGACGGUAAUGCUGCUGCCGUUGCUGGCGGCAGCAGCAGCAGCACCCCGCAGCAGCAGCAGCGUCAGCAGUGGCGGCGGUGCUUGCGGCACCAGUGCGGCCACCUGAUCCCCGCCACUCGCAGUCAUGCAGCCACUUUCCGUUCCUUCCUGACGCAGUUCGUGGUUUGCGAUUGAGCGCCUGUGUGGAGGGUGCUCUUGCGUCGUGUGACUUGACAUGGUACGCCAUGACAUCGCUUGGUGGUGGGGUUUGUGAGGUGCAUGAUGACAGGUUGUCUGUACGGCACUAACAUGCCGUAGCCAGCAGGUGCUUUAUGGACGGUAUGCUACAGGAGCGCAGCAUUGGUGGCAAUGCAGGGUUUACGGAAGGACCUCUAUAUGUGAGGAGCCUGGAUGAGGCAGGGAGUCAAUUAAAGUGGGGUUUAGGGUUUUGGGAGAAUCCUAAUGGCCAUGGCGUACUGGGCCUUUUGGAUGGGGGUCGCAGUUACCAG